AUGCCACGAAUUGAGGACAGCCAGUGUACGUUGGAAUCCCAAUCUACACCAGGUUAGAUUUUUGCAGUAUUGUCUGCUACCCAUUUACACGUCAAAUUUUUGCUGGAAAUAAGUCUCAGUUUGCAAGGCGUUUCUCCCAGUGAAGAUAUGGUUAGCAUUCUCGAAUUUGUCCGGUUUUGAAGUUGGACAUGGACCCACCAAGUUCGUGUGCUUUCCGCCCCAAAUGUCCCUCUGCUUCCGUCCUUUCAUCAUCAUCAUCAUCAUCAUCAUCAUCAUCAUCAUCAUCAUCAUCAUCAUCAUCAUCAUCAUCAUCAUCAUCAUCAUCAUCAUCAUCAUCAAAAUGAGUACAAGCGAGAAUAUUUUUGUGCGCGUUUUCCACGAAAUAUGUUGUAUUUUAUGAGGACAUCGGAAGUCAUGCCAUUUAAGAAGUCAUCUUUUACGGGACGCAGCUUUUUCAGGCAGUCAGAAAAAAACUCACCCAAAUGUCGGCAACGAGCGACGGAAAUAUCUCGCGAUUAUUUUGCUCGAUAAUCAUUAGUACAACCUAAGUAAUCCUUCCUAGUCGAAAAGGCAUUUCAGAGUUUUAGUUAACAUAUCAUCAGGUAGACCAUCUCCUGUAUUCAUACUUGACGGUUGGUAUCAUGCUAUAUUUUUUCGUCAUCAGUGCUGGAAUUGCAAGGCACUGUGAUCGUCGUCUCUGCCAAUGGAGUCUACCUUGCAGUGUCCAUGCGCCCCAGAUUCUUGGCCGCUUUAACUUCCAGUGUUUUCCGCCCUGUAGCAGACGCGAAUUCAAGUCACCAGACAGUGCCCUUCGUCCCUCGUCGCAAGGGCCGGUUUGCACGGAUGAAUUUGACGCCAGCGGAACUAGCCGCCGUCAAAGCUACCGCCUUGAGGAACCGUCUGGCUGAACUUGAAGAAGCUCGUAAGAUUCUCUGCCCGACGGAAGCAGAGGCUUCUCCUGACCUCUCUGACCGCCCGGACUGCCUCAUAGUGGCCGUACGGUUUUACCCCGUCGAUAUUACCCUGCUGCUGCUGCAAUUCCUGCCGCCCGGUCGUCCGUUUGUCGUGCACUCGCAUCUCCUUGCGGUAAGUCAACUGUGUGUGUUAUUAACUAAACGCGUUAUAGUUACUGAAUUCAUUUAAGUAGGCGAUACAUCAGGCUUAUUUUACAUUGGUUAUCUAGCCGCUCGUGGAUUUGUACAAUAUUCUGAAGCGUCGUGGGAGCUGCGUCCAACUAACCCUGUUCGAUAACUGGCUAAGACCUAUACAGGUCCUGCCAAAUCGCACACAUCCCGAAAUGAAGAUGACUUCAGGCUGUGGCGGUUUCCUCCUACGCGGCUACACAGUUCAGCGUCUUGAAGACGAAAGCGCCUUGUAUUCGCAGUUGUCGAUUGCUGCCUCUGCCCGGCAGCUUUUUUCUGAAGGACUGAUAAAUUACUCCGACGUACUUCCAAUCUCCUGUUCUCAAUAA